GAUUAAUUCUUCUGUCGUGCCUCCAACGGUGUUACCGGAAACAGCUGACACGACUUUGUACGUACACUGGACAUGGUCAAUUUCGUGUUUUUACCUCUCACCACCAUCUACCUCCCAAACUGGUGCUUGUGCAUCAUCCGACGCACUGAGCUGCCAUGCCCCAGGCCACGCGAAAGGAUCCCACAAUGCAGCGCGCACAAGAUAAAGAGUCAAAGCGUGCCAGAGGCGCCCUUUCUUGUGCUGAAUGCAGGAGGCUCAAGUUGAAAUGCGACAAGACCGUCCCAUGUUCAAGUUGUAAGCGCAGAGGUUGCUCUAGUAUCUGUCCAAACGGAGUCCUUAUCACUGGUCAGGGCACCCGGUUUGUAUUAGCAGAUACAGAAAAACUACACGCGAAGAUUGAACAAAUGAGCGACCGAAUACGUUCUCUUGAAGAUGCUCUCAUUAUACUUCACUCUACUACUGGUGUUCAAGAACCCCACCCUUUGCUUGACCGUGACUUACUGAAGAUCAAAUCGAGCUUGGAACUGCAUGCUGCGAUUCAGUCAGACAGUAAAGUGAAAGAAGAAGAGAUGGAGGAUUCCCAGUACCUUGAUGCGUUCGGUACGUUGGCGAUCAGAGAGGAUGGUGCGUCAACGUUUUAUGGCCGCUCUGCGGGCUCCGAAAGUCUUCUCAUCGGAGAGACCGUUUCCACUCCUUUAGACGGGCGAGAUCCCCAUUCUACCACCCAGGUCAAUGGUCAGUCUCUGAACGGUGUGCAAACCAUCCGAGAAUGGCAGCAACAAGCAGCUCAAGCUCGCGGCCUGCCCACCGUUCUAAGUAACUUGUCACACUCUUUCCCGCUCCCUGCUUCGCAGCCUAUUCCGGAUUUAGACUAUCUCGUCGACACCUUCCUUCCACCAUGGCAAGAAGCGUCGCGCUUAUGCGAACUCUAUCUUGAGCAAGCUCCUUGGUUUUUUGGUGCUGUCACGCAGCGACAACUUGUGGAGGAGAUAUUGCCUAUGUGGUAUACUGAAGCUCCGCGGCCUGCUGUUGCUCCUUCUUUGAACCAAGAAGGUGUAUCUGUAGGAGAUCGUGGUGUAGAUACCCCUCCUCUUGCAAGGUCUGGACUCGGUGUUGGAACAAUGAGUAGUAGUUCUCCCCUUGGAACCAACCCGAAUCCUCCUGCGGAUUUUCAUCAAAGCUCUUCCACAUCUGCUGUACAUAACGCAAGGACCGGAGGCGCUCAUGACCUUGCACUGCUCUUCAUGGUGUUUUGUUUCGGUGCAUUGACAGACGUUAACCUUCCUGCCGCCCCGGAUAACAUGCAGUCUGAACGUUACUACGAUCUGACAAAAGUCGGAUUAAAUCUAGAGGGCUUAUUGGAUCGACCGCCAUCGGUGGCUACUGUACAGGCUUUGUCUCUCAUGGGCAUUUAUGAGGGAAUGAGGAGCGGGGAAAAUAGUAUUGAAAGUACAUGGGCGUUGAUGGGUAUGGCUACCAAGCUGGCACAAAGUAUUGGUUUACAUCGCGACUGUGCAAGAUGGAAGUUACCGCCAGCAGAAGUCCAGAAACGUCGAGCUCUAUUUUGGGAACUGUUCAUUACAGAUUGCUGGCAGAGUCUCGCUACCGGCCGAUUAGCCACAUUUUCACUUCCCUUUGUGGAUUGUGAAUUACCCUACGAUCCCGAUGGAACGAUUUCGGAUGACGGAACAGUUCAACCCAGCUUCCCUUUCUGGAAGGCGCGUUUCGGGGCCGAAUGUGUAUCUGCAGUUGUUCAAGGAACUCUCACCUCGCGUGCACCAAAAUAUUCAAUAAUUUUGGACCUGGAUCGCAAAAUUCGAGAUAUGGAAUUGCCCAAAUAUGCGCAGGGUCCUAUACCAGAAGGUGCUGGUUUAAAAGAGACGAUGAGUUACUGCAUGCCGACGAACUAUCGAGAGUUGACGCUACUCUAUAUUCACCGUUGUUUCUUCACGCAUGCAAUCCAAAGCAAUCCUACUGAUCCAAUUAAGAGCCAGUAUGCACCCUCAUUCCUCGCUGGAUAUCGCAGUGCCUGCGACCUUCUCAAUGCUGUUCGGAAGCAGUUCACCAUGUUUCCGGCUCAAAUCGCUCGUUUUUGGGUCCUUUGGACACAUGCAUUUUCUUCAACUGUUAUGAUAUCAUCUGUUGUAACGCACGGAUCUAGAUCCAAGGUCGCGCCUGCAGCUUUAUUUGAGCUGAAGUCUGCUUGCGAGCUGUUUGAGCAGGCUGCUCGUCAUGGUGGUAGAGCGGUGAAGUUCCUUCCCAUCGUGCAACGACUACUGGGCAAGGCACAAAAAGUAUAUUAUGACACGUGCAAUGGCAUCCCUCCAGCCAUCUCCAACGACAUAUUUCGUCCGUCCAAUACUGGCUCCGAUGAGAUCAGUGUUUUCAGCGGCAAAACGCAUACUGUGGCCACGAAGGCCCCACGCACGCCUAGUGCCCGUUCCCCAGGUUCUAAUGGAAGUGCACGAAGUUCUCAAUCACCAAAUGGCUCACCCUCUCAAAGUCAUUUGACAACGAAUCCGUCAUUUGCCGAGGUGCACCCUACCCUGGUGCAAGAGCUUAAUGGGUUUGAGGGGCAUAUUUCUGCGCAACUCCAAAACGCAUAUAAUAAUCCGAAUUUCAACGAGUUACUCAUGGGACCUUAUGCUAGUCAGGAGAUAUCGGGACAGCAUCAAUAUGAAGCGGAACAUUUGGCACGACAACAAUACGAGCAGCAAAGACGUGAACUCGAACAGCAGAAAUCGGAAGAACAGGAACGAUCGGAGCGGCAGUAUAUGGAGCAACGCCUAAUACAUCAACGGGAAGAAGAACAACUGCGAGUCGCUGAGGAAGAAGCCCAAGCAUACGCACAGACCCAACGACAGCAGCAGCAAUUGCAUUAUUCUUACCAUCACUCUCCUACAUCGGAAUCCUCUAUUUCUAUCGCAAAUGGUUUACCAAUUACAGCUCAUGUGCAGGAUCAACUAAUGCAAGAUCAACGGCGAACCCUUUCACACUCUCAAUCACAUCCAAAUCUUCAUCGAGUCGCUGGAUACAAUGGACAUAGCGAAUACAACCAAGCCUCACAGGUGCCUCUACCGAACCACUACCACUAUGCCUCCCAGACAUCAUCAGAGCAGCAGCAUACUCAUAUAGUCACUCAUCAACAAAACCAACAUCGACCCCCUCCCAAUCGUUCGCAUCUCCACUCACACCACCAACACCCUUCUACUCAACCUGAUCCUUCUCAUCCACCUCAGCAUGAAAUGUACGCCAUACCUACAGAGUAUAUGCCCGUUCAUUCUUCGCCAAUAUCAUCUGAUGUCUCGAUUUCCCCUACAUCCUCCGCACCGCCGCGACAUUAUCCUUCACCUGAAGCUGUAUUUGAAGCUCACAAUCAACGAUCUCAUCCUCAUGAUGGCAUAGCUGCAGGAGGUAAUUACUGGCCGAAUGGCCAACAUCAAACCGUGGCGGAAGGGGUGGCGUACAAUCAUCAUCAUGCCCCGCGUCGUGGCCCGCAGCAACCACAGCAGUAUAACCAUACACAUCAACAAUACACACCCGAAGCAGCGAUGCAGGGAAUGGCGGCUGAAGAUCCACGGUUGCAAGAGACGUGGCGGUCGUAUAUGUACAAAGUUGGUUCUCCAAGACUAAUGCUGGAAGACUGACAUUGAACAUAUCGCUACUUUAUAUUCGACUCAUCUAGACCAUAUUACCUCGUAUUUCUCUUACUGACAGCUCUCUUCUUGCUUUGUGAUAUCGUCUAUCAUGCUCCACUUCCGUUUUCGCAUUUUCUCUUCAUUUUCCAAUUUGUUGUCCCUUGCUCCCUUGCUCUCGUUUCUAUGUUCGUUGUACCAUUAUCUGCGAUUAUCCGUCUGUUUGGUCGUCUUUGCUUUGCUUUUACAAUACUGUUGUCCUGCUUGCUCUUGCCUUGUAUGUAUGUACCCGUACCGACUUGGCCUCAGCGAUAACUUGCCAUCUACUUAUAUUUUUAUUUGUAAUUACUUCCUGAUAUGGUUGAGGGGUUGUAUGAAUGUCUCGACGAUUUGCAUC